AAUAGUGGAGCUCUGCGCCAUGAGGCUCAGGCUGGAGGAUCAAUAGCGAGAGAUUAGGGUGUCGCUGUGGAAGAACAGGAAAAACGCCAAGGUGUUUUAAGUGAGAAAAAAAUACAGGUUUAGCUUGAUAUUAACAUCGUAACAUUUUUACAUUAAAUAUCUGCAGCGGCCCUUAACGACAAUGAACGGACAGAUGAAUGGUUUUCAUAACUCCCUCAUUGACGAGGACUGCUUCUUGUUCACAUCAGAGUCGGUCGGAGAAGGGCAUCCCGACAAGAUCUGUGAUCAGAUUAGUGAUGCAGUCCUGGACGCCCAUCUCAAGCAGGAUCCUGAUGCCAAAGUUGCAUGUGAGACUGUUGCCAAGACUGGGAUGAUCCUGUUGGCCGGUGAGGUGACAUCACGUGCCACAGUGGACUACCAGAAAGUUGUCCGCGACACCAUCCGCCAAAUUGGAUAUGACGACUCCUGCAAAGGCUUUGACUAUAAAACCUGCAAUGUUCUCGUGGCCUUGGAGCAGCAGUCUCCAGACAUCGCUCAGGGUGUUCACGUCGACCGUAAUGAGGAGGACAUUGGAGCAGGGGACCAGGGUUUGAUGUUUGGAUAUGCCACUGAUGAGACCGAGGAGUGUAUGCCUCUUACAAUUGUCCUCGCCCACAAGCUGAAUGCUAAGAUGGCUGAGCUGCGUCGCAAUGGCACCCUUCCAUGGCUCCGGCCAGACUCAAAGACACAGGUUACUGUCCAGUACCGCCAGGACCGUGGUGCCAUGCUUCCAGUGCGUGUGCACACAAUUGUCAUCUCUGUCCAGCACGAUGAGGAUAUUUGCCUGGAGGAGAUGAGGGAUGCCCUGAAGGAGAAAGUCAUCAAGGCUGUGGUUCCCUGCAUCUAUUUGGAUGAUGACACCAUCUACCACCUGCAACCCAGUGGCCGAUUUGUUAUCGGUGGUCCACAGGGUGAUGCUGGCCUGACUGGUCGUAAAAUCAUUGUUGACACUUAUGGAGGCUGGGGUGCCCACGGAGGCGGUGCCUUUUCUGGGAAGGAUUACACAAAGGUGGACCGCUCUGCCGCUUAUGCUGCACGCUGGGUGGCCAAGUCUCUGGUGAAGGCUGAGCUCUGCAGGAGAGUGUUGGUCCAGGUUUCCUAUGCUAUUGGAGUUGCCCAUCCCCUCUCAAUUUCUAUUUUCCACUACGGGACCUCUGACAAGAGUGAGAGAGAACUACUUGACAUUGUGAAGAGGAACUUUGAUCUCCGUCCUGGAGUUAUUGUCAGGGAGCUGGAUCUGAAGAAACCCUUGUAUCAGAGGACUGCAGCCUAUGGCCAUUUUGGCCGAGAGUCCUUCCCAUGGGAGGUGCCCAAAAAACUCAAAUACUAAACCUGUUAAGCUUUUCCCCCCAGGCUUGUUGGUGUAUACUACAGAGAAGCCUCCAAGAUUCCAGGGGGUGAAAUGCGCUUAUCUCCUUCAUAAUAAUGCUAUCAUUUUUAACACAUGACUCCCUUUCCUCACUCCUCUUUCACUCCUUUGUCUUGUUACUGUUUUCUGCUGUUUGCAGUAUCAUACUGGGUCUUAGGAGGUAUGCCUCAGAAACUUGAUGUUUAAAACUUUGGUGGGUUCCAUGAACUCAUGCACCACCGUACUACUUAAUGUUUUCCCACGUCUUGAAGUUCCCCUGCUUCUCAAUGUGAUAGAACCCAAAUAGCGGCGUUCAGUAGUUCUCCCUUUGGCAUUCCACACCCGUCAAUAUCGUCAGUUUUCAGUGUCCCUGCGGGCGCAUAUUAGGAUAUAUGCGAUACCCCUCCUAAUUUAUUGGUGCUACUGAUGUAAGGUGUGUGUGCGCAACAUCUAACACACUGUAAGUCCAUUUAGAAGCAUAAUUUGAUAGUUAGAGGGUGAUCUGAUCUGGCACCUUCUCAAACAAGUUGAGCUUCUUUCUAAACAUUCCUCCUUUGUCAAUCUGGUACAACUAUCCCUUGGCCCAGGGUUCUUUAUACAAAUAUUUUUUUUAACUUUACUCCCUCAUCUUUGUGGAGGAUGCUAGAAUGGCACAAUUAAAAUCAAGGGUUGUUGCUGUUUUCACAAAAAAAAAAAAUGCUAUGCAUUGCAGGCUAAGGGGCGAGCCACAUCCUAAUUAUUCAAGCUCUCAAAUGAGCGUAAAGCCUCAGAUGCUUCUACAGACCUUUGCUGUUUUCUGACGUAAUACAGAAAAGUCAGAAGCUGCUAUGUCACUGCUUUGGUCUGCAGAGGUAUUGGUUAUACUUGAUAGCGAUAUGAAAAUUGGAUUGUUAGUGCAUUGAAAUUCAAUUUUAAAUGAAUCCCUUUUUAAAAUGUAGUUUCACUUGCUUUUUUUAAUGGUUUGAAGUGACUGAAGGGCCUUUCACUCCUUAAGUAUAUUGAUGAAGGGUGUAGCUACAGAGAAACCUGUUUCUCAUCUUUAUCCUUAGCGGAGUGUGUUCUUUACCACAGAGUCUUAUUGGCUAGGAUUCAAACCUCAACACUAUUUAUUUGUUCUCUGAAACAUGGCGUGGAUACAGAGAAGCCGAGGUUUCAGAUGGCAGCUUUAAACACACUUGGUUAUUGAAUUUCGAAUUCCUUUUGACUUGAUCCUUUUUCAGUGUUUUGUCUGAGGCCCCAGAGUGUUGUACAGAAAAGCUUUGGUCGGCCUCAGCUAGCUACUGUUAUUGGUGAUUUUACAACCGUUUUUUUUUUUUUUUAAUUUGUGGACUGUAGACCUUACUUUUAGGUGGGUUAGAUUUGAAAUCCCAUUGAAUUGCUGGUGCAAUUCUUUUUGGCUCUCAUCAUUAAUGGAAUGGCAACAUUUGGUUGGUGUAGUACAGAGAAACCAGCCUUGUUUACAUGGCCAUCCCAUAUAUGAAAGAGUUUUGGUUUUGUUCCUUUUUACCACACGGAUGUCAUCCCGUUGGCUGCAGUAAGUGUACGAGUGCCUUUUCUAUUUCCUCUACACCCCCCACCCACCACCCCCAUUUGCUUUUCUCCCUUCCCACCGACAUGCAUUCAAAUUACAGAGGAACAAGUAGCUCAUGAUGUAUUAUGCUUCAUGUCUAGACUGGGUAGUUUCCUUAUGCUCUGUAAUAAACUACUCCUUUCAAA